AUGUCUCAACGUCAAAAGAAUCCAGAAUGUGCAGCUGACCAAGGCCAGACCUGUGAGGAGACCCGGAGCCUACAGGUUGCAGCAGUCUCCAGCGAUGUGGAGGAGCCAUGUACCUCCUCUCAUCUUAUGGCUAGUAGUCUGAAGGGCCAAACCUGUGAGGAGACCCAGAGCGUCUCCAGGAAUGUGGAGAAGCCAUGUUCCUCCUCUCAUUCCCUGAUGGCUAGCUACCAAAAUGAUCCUGCAGAUGAGACACCCAGCACUUCUGGGGGUCUUCAGAGUCCCUGUGCCUCUUCAAGAGAAUCAGGUGAGGCUCUUAGCAACCAACAAGUGCAGAGUUAUCCAAUCUAUCCAACAUUUCAACAAAACACCAUGAAUGUACCUAUGAUGAGUGUUGAUAGUAAAGUUGAUUUCUUGGUGAAUUACAUGCUGUACAAGUAUCAGAUGAGAGAGAUAAUGAGCAUGACUGAUAUAUUGAGACUCAUUGUAAGAGAAGAUCAAUAUCGUUACCACGAAAUCCUCAUGAGAGCUGCUGAACGCAUGGAAAUGGUCUUUGGUUUGGAUGUAAAGGAAGUAGACCCUGUCAACCACUGCUAUGCUCUCUUUAUCAAACUAGGUCUCACCUAUGAUGGGAUGCGUAGUAAUGAGUAUAGCUUUCCUAAGACUGGUUUCCUGAUACUCAUCCUAGGGGUAGUAUUCAUGAAAGGCAACCGUGCCACUGAAGAUGAGAUUUGGGAAGUGUUGAAUCCAAUGGGGAUCUAUGCUGGGAUGAAUCAUUUCGUCUUUGGUGACCCCAGGAAGCUGAUAACCGAUGAGUUUGUGAAGGAGCAAUACCUGGUGUACCAGCCAGUAGCCAAUAGCAAUCCUGUACAGUAUGAAUAUGUGUGGGGUCCCCGGGCUCGAUUUGAAACUAGUAAGAUGAAAGUGUUAGAGUUUGUGGCCAAGGUUCAUGGGACAGACCCUACUGCAUUCCAGUCUCAGUAUGAAGAGGCUCUGAUAGAAGAAGAAGAGAGAACCCUUACCAUGAUUUUAAGCAGUGCUGGCCCGAGAUCUAGUUCUGGCGCAAGUUCUAGUGCCAUGGGCAGCAGCUUCCCUCAUAGCUAG